AGUCUCAGUCAGCCUGUCGAAAAUGGAAUAUUUGUGAAAUUGAAGAAUAAUAUUAUUAUAUGUAAAACUGACAUUAGAUUUAUAUAUUAGAAUCAUGAAGAUAACGCAAACACUUAAAAAUUUUAAUAAGAAACGCGUACGUCAAUUACGAUUGUCCGAGGAGAGCGAGACGACGCAGCAAGAACAGAGUUGUUGCUUUGUGUUCUGUACAAACACACAAACAAACAGUGACUUGAAGUUCUACAAGUUCCCGGACGGCAAGAAAGAUGGGGAUCAAGCAACCAAAUGGUUGAUGGCGAUCCAGACCGCCAAUGGUAGGUGGUGGCGGCAGCGCCCGCAGAGCGCGGUGUGUGCGGAGCACUUCGUGUCGGGCGCGCCGUCGCGUGCGCCGGCCGACGUGGACUACGCUCCCUCCAUCUUCCCCAAGGACAGCUCCGCAUUGUGCAAGUACGCCAUUCUCUUUAACUCACAUACAAAUAAUGUUUAUUGUGCCCAAACACUGUGA